CCCAAAUUUAAUGGAAGCACACUGUUGAUAAUAAGAGCAUCAACAGUUGCGUUCCAUUUAUGCUGAAGGAUGAAGAUGAACUUCAGCUACAAAAUUUUCUUGUUUGCAUUAACCCUUUGAAUCUAAACCCCUAAAACUCAUUACAUAUACAACCCUAAAACCCUAUAAGAACACCAAGAAAUGUGUUCUUCUAUAAUCCCAUCUUCUCUUACCUUUCCACCUAAAUCCCCUUUCAUCUACGGUCAAGAUUUGUUUUUUCCCUCAUACCCAUUUCUCCUUAGGACUAGAAUUCCUAAGUUUUCCCUCUCUGCUUCAGUUUCAGAAAAAGUUGCAGAAGUUUCAUGGGGUAUUUCUGAUCCAAAUGCCUUUGAUGAGUACAAUGGUUGGGACUUGGUUGAACCUACAGUUUUCAAGAAGAAGAAAAAAGGUUUGUCGAAAUUUUUGGUUAUUGGUAUGUCAGUGUCUCUUGCUGCUGGACUUGGUGUUGCUUCCUACUUUUCACUAUACCAGAAAGGAUUCAAAUUUCAAUUUACUGGGCCAUUCCAUGAGUCACAUGAUAAUUUAGUACCUAAUGAGGCUGCUAGUAAGGGAGAAGAUGGUGAAACUGCUGAUUUGUCAAUGGAAAGUGCUCAGAUUUCUGAAACAGUGGAGGGAGUUUCUGAUUUCGAUGAUAAAAAUGUUGUCUUGGAGACAAGCCAUGUUUCAACUAAAGGAGUAACUAGAGGAGUACUUGGACGUAUUACAAUUCCCUUUGCUGUAGAUUCUACUCAAGAAGAAGCUCUUUUUAUGUUGAAGAAACUCAAGAUCAUUGAAGAUGAUGUUAAAGCAGAUGAACUAUGUUCAAGGAGGGAAUAUGCAAGAUGGUUAGUUAAAGCAAACACACAACUGGAAAGGAGUAGAAACCAUCAGAUAGUACCAUCAGUUGUGCUUUCUGGUUCUGCAAUUGCUGCCUUUGAUGAUGUGAGUGUUGAAGACCCUGAUUUUGCGACCAUUCAAUCCCUAGCUGAGGCUGGUAUUAUUCCUAGCAAGCUGUCAGAUAAGGAGUUUUCUUCCACUCCAAAUGUUUCAGAAGAUCAGGGCGUCUGUUUUUCCCCUGAUAGAUUUUUGUCUCGCCAAGAUCUAAUUAGUUGGAAAGCCAAAAUAGAGUAUGAAGUCAUGCCAGGCAUAGAUAAAGAGAUAUCAAGGAAGAACAUAGGCUUUCUGGAUGUAAGGGACAUCAAUUCUGAAGCUUUGGUGGAACUUUUUGUGGAUUUACGGGCUGGUGAACAGAGCAUUCUUCGGAGAGUUUUUGGACAGGCGAAACGAUUCCAGCCUGAUAAACCAUCCACGAAGGCUCAGGCAGCUGUGUCACUGACAAGUGGGAGAAUGGAAGAUUAUAUACAUAGUGAACUGGCAAAACUUGAAGCAGAAAAUUUAUCGAGACUAAUGGCAAUGGAAGAAAUAAAGUCUGACCUACUUGAUAGAGGAGAAAUACAGAGGAUUUGGGAGAGUAAAAUGGAAGCAGAAAGAAAUCGUGGUUUGGAGGUAGAGAGUGCUUAUCUUGCUUCUGUUAGAGAUUUAGAACAGGAAAAACUUGUACAAGAGGUUGCUCGAGCUGAGCUUCUGAGGCAGAAGGCAGCUCUAGACUGUCAGAAGCAGCUACUUUCUAGUCUGAAGGAAGAGGUCAAUGAGAUGUCCGAAAGGCUUGCACGUGAGAAGUUUAAGCAUGUGGAUGAGCAGUGUGAUUUAAGUGGUACGAUUCAUGAUUUGCAGGUUAAGCAUGAAGUUUUGCUUGACAAAAAAUCUAUGUUGGAAGCUGAGAUUGAAGCUUUGCGAAAACUGAGAUCAUGGGUCGAGGAUGAAGCGAGAAGAAGUCAAGCUCGCACUAAAGUUCUCGAGGAGGUUGAACGAAGAUGGAAAUGGGAGGAGCAAUAGGAAAAGAGUUUUCCUAUAAGUUAAAUAAUCCAGAUGCUUUGAUGUACAUUUUGUCAUUGUCAUGAUCAAUUUUCUUCUUAAAUAUUUUCUUGGUAUCAUUUGUAAACUAUAUAAGAGUUGUUGAUCUCUACUCUCUGUUUCAAUUAGUAAUUUUUAUGGAUGGGAGUUGUUGAUCUCUGUCAUUACCAGAAAGCAAUUGAAGAGUAACUUUUUUGUUGUAUUUUGGAGAAUGAAUUGCUUUAUUAAGAAAGUGAAUCUCUUGAGUUCCAAUCUGAUUGCAGGGACCUAAUAGCUUUA